AUGCUUUUGGGAGGAGGCUUGAAAUCUCUCCUGCCACAUGUGCUAAGAAGAAUAAUUCGAAGCAACAGACUCAGUUUCAGUAAUACUUCUGGAAUGGCAGAGGGCUAUAAACAGGCCAACGUUGUGAUUUUGCACAAAUCCCUGGCUGACGACUUCGAGAAGUUUUGCCGCGCAAAUGAGGGACCCCUGCCAGUGCUCUACAGAAGCAAACCAGGUGACUGGAAGUGUCCUUCUCUGAGUAGCGACUCUGAUAUCAGAACUGACUGCCUGCAGUACAGAAUAUAUGAGCAUGGAGCUUGUACUGGAUCACUGAAGAGCCUAAAGGAGUAUUCUGAACAACUUAAGGACAUGGUGACUUUUUAUUUAGGCUGCAGCUUCUCUUUUGAAAAAGCAGUCCAGAGUGCUGGCAUUCCCAUAAGAAAUGUAGAGCAAAAGUGUAAUGUGAGCAUGUAUAAGACAGGUGUGCCUUGCUACAGCAUUUCUGCCUUUUCCUGCAACUUAGUAGUCACAAUGAGACCUAUUCCAGAAAGCAAGUUGGAAGCAGUUGUGCAAGCAACAUCGGAUUUAAAAGCAGCCCAUGGAGCACCGGUUCACAUCGGUGACCCUGGUCUGCUGGGAAUACAAGAUCUUUCCAAACCAGACUAUGGAGACCCAGUUCACCUUCACCCUGGUGACAUUCCAGUGUUUUGGGCCUGUGGAGUAACAGCAGUAGAAGCGGUCAUUAACUGCAGAGCUCCAUUAGCUUUUACUCAUUCUCCUGGCUGUAUGUUCGUUACUGACCUAAAGAACGAUGAUGUCACAGCUGGAUCCUCAAGAGAAGUCCCACAAGUCCACUGCAUUUCUCAUGAUCCUCUGCAUUACAGCAUUGUGUCAGCAGAAGCAGCCCAAAAGAUAAGGACUCUAGAGACCCUGAUUGGAGUAGAUCCAGGCGACCGGGGUAUAACUCAUCUGCUGCGCCAGGGCGAGCUGCUGAAGGCCUGCCUGGCCAUCUCCCAUGCUCGGUCAGUGCUGGUAACGACUGGAUUUCCUACCCACUUCACUUACGAGCCGCCGGAAGAGAACGACGGGCCCCCAGGAGCCCUCGCUAUUGCAGCUGUACUGCAGGCCUUGGAAAAAGAGGUUGCCAUAGUAACAGAUCAGAGAGCCAUGAAUCUGAAUAAAAAGAUUAUUGAAGAGGCUGUUCAGCUAGGAAUACUGAAGAAACCUGUCCCUCUACUGAGUUAUAAAAGGGAAAAUGCUAGUUCAGAUUUAAUGUUUUUGUGCGAGGAUGGGAAUCCUGGAAGACCAAGGUUUGAUCACCUGAUAGCAAUAGAGCGUGCUGGGAUGGCAGCUGAUGGCAAUUACUACAAUGCCAGGAAAGUUAACAUUAAGCAUCUCGUGGAUCCCAUAGAUGAGCUAUUUAUAGCUGCACAAACCAUUCCAGGAAUCACAACAACAGGUGUUGGAGAUGGAGGAAAUGAAUUAGGAAUGGGCAAAGUAAAAGAAGCUGUAAAGAAGCACAUAAGAAAUGGAGAUGUUAUAGCUUGUGAUGUUGAAGCUGAUUUUACUAUUGUAGCUGGAGUCUCUAACUGGGGAGGUUAUGCCAUCGCCUGUGCUCUCUAUAUUCUCAGCACUUGUGAAACACAUGACCGCUACCUGAGGAAAGCUGUUGGGUUGCCACAGUUAUCAAAGAAGAUGGUCUGGCUAUCGGCACUUCCAUCCGUUACCAAG